AUGGCGCUCGAGCUUGCGAGCCGCUUCAAGAAUGUGACAGGCAUCGACCCAGAGGACAGCAUGGUCGCUGCCGGCUUGCAGCCUGAGUCGGGAAACAAGAUCAGAUACGCAAAAGGCACCGCCGAGGAUCUCCCGGCCGUCGGACUGGGGGCGAACAGUAUCGACCUCGCUGUGGCGGGCGAGGCGGCGCAUUACUUCACGCACGAGAAUAGCUGGCCACAGCUUGCCAAGGCGCUGAAGCCGAAAGGAAGCAUUGCCUGGAUCAUCAUGUCGUCCUUGAUGGAUGCUACGCUUUCUCCAUACUGGUCUGAGCCGGGAUGGUCCAUCUCCGAAGACGCUCGUCGACAAGCUCCCCGACCUAGAGGGAACGGACACGCCCUGGACACGCUGAUCGACGAGCCCAAGCCGACCGGCGACCCAGACGGCGCGUGGGACCCCUCGUCCGCCCUCCGGUGCAAGUCGGGCACGUCUGCGGGCAAGUGGUAUCUGAAAGAACACUGGACGCUGGCGCAGGUCGAGAAGUGCCUCCGGUCUUGGAGCAGCGUGAAGCGAUACCAGGACAAGAACCCCGGUGAUCUGGACGGGGAGCAGCCCGAUGUUGUCAGCCGCGUGAUUGCGCAGCUGGAGCCGAUCCUCGGGCCAGAGUUCAACGUCGCGUGGCCGCUUGUCGUGCAGUUCAUCCGGCGCAAGUGA